AUGCAAAUGGAUGCUGAUGCUUUCGCAGAGGAGAUGCGCGCUUUGGCGUCGAAACACCAGCGACAGCUCCUGGACCUCGCAACCUCACAGAGCGACUCACUGCUGGCAGCGCUGGAAUCCUUUGCGGGAGGCGUGCCAGACAACGCAGAGGCUGCCAUGCGGUUGGAGGUCGGCUAA